CGGGUCUCCUGUGUAACGUUCUACAUGUACUGGAGAUAAGAGAGGAUGUCACACCUUAAAAACCGUAGCUAAUGAGAGCGUGCCACGUUGUUACGAAGAGGACUCAAAUGUCCAUUCAUGAAAAGUUAAGACCAGCUUAGGAAUUUCAUCUCAACGUUAAAACGGUCGCGUAGAAACCAUCAACGAUAGGGAAUGCUAUGAAUUUCCCAUAUCUUACUAGCUUCUCCGAACGUGUCGUUGCUCCUCUUCAUGCCACAGUUCCCACUACAAUUAUCAGGGGCAAUAAGGCGGAGAGUUUUGCAAUUGAAGGGCGUAAUCUGAGAUUCUCAUUCACGACGAGGCAAACGCAAGAUGUGCCUGUUCUUAGGGAUUGUUCGAUUCGCAUUCCUUGCGGGCAGUUUUGGAUGCUUCUUGGACCCAAUGGGUGUGGAAAAUCUACCCUCUUGAAGAUUUUGGCUGGUCUCUUGACCCCAACUUCAGGAACAGUGAAUGUGAAUGAACCUAAAAGUUUCGUUUUCCAAAAUCCAGAUCAUCAGGUGGUGCUGCCUACUGUAGAUGCUGAUGUUGCAUUUGGUCUUGGUAAGAUCAAUUUGACUCACGAUGAAGUCAGGUCUAGGGUGUCGAGAGCUUUGCGUGCUGUAGGGCUGACUGACUACAUGAAGAGAUCUGUCCAAACUCUGAGUGGUGGUCAGAAGCAGAGGGUUGCCAUUGCUGGUGCUCUAGCAGAAGCUUGUAAAGUUCUGUUGUUAGAUGAGCUCACCACAUUCUUAGAUGAAACUGACCAGGUGGAAGCAAGGGACUUUACUUUCUCCGUCUACAAAAAUAGUAGUGACCGUCACUAUUGUUUCUUGCUUGGUGUCAUUUUCUUUACGGAUGCCUUUCAUCAGUAUGACACAUUCAAGCUGACAGAACAAUGCCAUGGGGGCAGUGUCUAUUUUAGCUUUCGGAAUUCUAAACAAACAGAUAACUUAACAUGUUUUCAGUUUUCGUGCUUGCAGUUGAAGAUGUUCAUAUUAGGUAUUAUGAAAGUUGUGUUGUAAGACCAACACUUUUUAAUAGAUGGCUUGCACUUUUCAUUUAAGGUCGGGGUUAUCAAAGCUGUCAGGAACUCUGUGGAUACCUCUGCAGAAGUUACGGCAUUAUGGGUCACCCAUCGUUUGGAAGAACUAGAAUAUGCAGAUGGUGCCAUCUACAUGGAGGAUGGAAAAGUUGUCAUGCAUGGAGAUGCAGCUAGCAUUAGGAGUUUCAUUGAAGCCAGACAAUCUGCUUAUAUAAACCAGAUCAAUUCUUAAAUAUGUCUUCUUUGUUUCUGAGAACGAUUCCCGUUAGUCCUUGAAACUAAAUUAACAUGAUUAGGAGGCAACACCACAGUAUCUCAUCUUAUGCUGUCCUUUUAAAAAAUUUCAAAUAAGGAGAGCGAUUUUAAAAUACUCUUUUUUGUAGUUCAAAUUCUUGAAUAUGAAUACGAUGCUGAAGAAUUACUCCA